AUAAUACUGCCGUAUAUCUAUCGGCAGUAAAGAUCGGAGGGGAGGUUUUCGUGAUCUGUUUGAAUGGUUCGAUCAUCGCCAUGGCGUCGUCUCUUUCUUCCCCAAAUCAACUGACCUGUAUCCCCGUUUCUUCUGACCCAGGCGGCGAAAUAGUUCCUAUCCACAUUGUUACUCAUGCAAGUCAACUUCCACCUGAAUUCUUGGAACCUUCUCCUGAUAAGAAAUUGGUGAUUGGUUUUGACUGUGAGGGUGUUGACCUUUGUCGCAAUGGAACUCUGUGUAUCAUGCAGCUAGCUUUUCCAGAUGCUAUAUAUUUGGUUGAUGCUAUUGAGGGUGGAAAAACACUUGUGGAAGCCUGUAAGCCUGCACUUGAAUCUAGUAACGUCACUAAAGUAAUUCAUGAUUGCAAACGAGAUAGUGAGGCUUUGUAUUUUCAGUUCAACAUCAAGUUGCACAACGUUUUUGAUACCCAGAUUGCUUACACAUUGAUUGAGGUGCAAGAAGGCGGGACAAAAGUGCCAGAUGACUACAUCUCAUUCGUUGGUCUCCUUGCUGAUCCACGUUACUGUGGUAUAUCUUAUCUUGAGAAGCAAGAAGUUAGAGUUCUUCUCAGGCAGGACCCCAACUUUUGGAAAUAUAGACCAUUAUCGGAAUUGAUGGUACGUGCAGCUACAGACGAUGUCCGUUUUCUUCUGUAUAUAUAUAACAAGAUGGUGGUGAAGAUGAAUCAAAAAUCCUUGUGGUAUCUUGCUGUUCGUGGGGCUCUUUAUUGUCGCUGUUUCUGCAUUACUGAUAACGAUUAUGCAGAUUGGCCACCUCUCCCUCCAAUUCCAGAGACGCUUGUAACAGAUGACAAUGCUCCGGAGGAAGAAGUUCUCUCAGUUGUUGAUGUUCCACCAGGGAAGAUGGGACUUGUUAUUGGAAGAAAAGGAGCUUCCAUUUUGGCUAUUAAGGAGUCUUGCAAUGCUGAAAUAUUCAUCGGAGGCGCCAAGGGACCACCAGACAAGGUAUUUGUAAUAGGGCCAGUGAAGCAAGUGAGGAAAGCUGAAGCCAUAUUAAGGGGAAGGAUGGUGGAAACGUAUUACUGAAAUGGAUGAUGUCUGUGUAUGUAAUAAGCCAACUGAAAACAAAUGGUUAAUUGGAAAUGAAUGUAAUGUGGGAUUGGAUGGAAUGAUGUAUGUUUGCCAUAAAUCAAUGUAACGUGGCUUCUUCUUUCUUUGCUAUGAAAAUGGUUGCUUC